AAUGUCUGGAAGUUUCCAGCGGCGCCAGAUUUUCUCUUGCUAUCUUUCGCAAGAUAUUUUCCGCCCAACGUAGCCCAUCUUUCCUUACAAAUUUACAAUUUCUCUUAAUUCAGUUCCGUGCAUUGCUUUGCUUUAGUGUUAAAAACGUUUGCUAAAUUCAACGGAUGCUUGAGCAAGAACAAUUAGUUCCUGAUUGUCUGUAUUCGGCAGCGUUGAUUAUAAAUCGUGGCACUGUUUUCUCAAAUUCACUCGGUGAAAUUUGAGAUUUUGGAUUCCGGAUAGAAGAAUUUGGAAUGGAAGGAGAAGGAGGCUCCAAAGGACCGUGCUAUUACUCUGUGCUAGGGAUUCACAGGGAUUCCUCCUUCUCUGACAUUCGCUCUGCUUAUCACAAGCUCGCUCUGAAAUGGCAUCCAGAUAGAUGUUCGAAAAACUCGUCGGACGUUGGAGAGGCCAAACGCUGCUUCCAGAAAAUCCAAGAAGCCUACUCAGUGUUGUCCGAUCAGGGGAAGAAGUCAAUGUACGAUGCUGGAUUUCUCGAUCUGUUCGAGGAAGAUGAGGGCAUGGGUGAUUUUCUGCAAGAUCUGAUGAAUAUGAUGGAGCAAAAUGUUGUGGCUAAGGAGGAGAGUAUGGAGGAUCUUCAGAAAACAUUUGUGGAUUUGUUCGGUGAGGAUUUGGUCAACAUGAUGCAGGAGAGUGGUGAUCCAAUGGUGAAUAAGAGGACACGUGAUCGUGGAAACUAUGAAAGGAUUACUCCAAAACGUAGCACCAAUGUUUAGACUUUAUGCCCUCAUUCUGCCCAUUUUUGUGCUUAUUACCAAUCAAAUGUGAGGGUAGAUUACGUAAGUUAAAAGUACCGUCUUUAGAUCUAUUUGGUGGGUAUCAACUACCAAGACUUUUGGUUGCUUUUAAUAAAGUCUCUUUUUCUUUUCUCUAGGAUUUUUA